UUUCCUAUUUAAGACGAGUAGUUAUACGAGGAAGUUUGGUGGCACGAAAUAAAACGUAGCGCUUUUCUAAGCAGAUUUAAACGGGUAACUAUAUUGUAUGGCGUAAUAGCACUGUCGGAGUACUUCGAACCGGCGGAGUAAGUUAAGUCACGCCUGAAACAUCCGCUCCCCUUAUCACCCUUCUAUAAUUUGCCAUCAAGCACAGCAGGUGGCGAUAAUGCUCCUCAUGAGUUACUCACCAUUUAACGAGAAGAAGAUGAAUCCGCUCCCCCUCUCAUUUCUGUCAAUAGAACAAACGUGACUUUUACUUCUACCUGUGCUUGAUAGUAGCAAACAGCAAGAGAUCAUUUGCAAUGACUGACUUUUUAGACUAUGACGACUGCUUUGUAGCAGACCCAGAGCCAUAUCUGUUUGAACCCGAGUACACAGAGGAGGAACUAGCUUUUAUGGACCGUGAGAGGGAAGAAAGAUCUGAACCAGAACAGACCGGAGCCGGCGAAAGAACACGGGCAAACAGCAAUUGGUGGUGCAAGUGUGACUGUUGCGGACAGAUACCGACUGAAAUUGAGAGCCUGUGCUGUUUAGAAUGGGACCAGGUGUGGCCAUCAAUGGUGGGGGUCAAUGUAUAUCCAGAAGACCCUGGACACAUCGCCUGUGUCGCGGCAAGUGACGCCUUUGCAGCAAUGAUUCACCCGGCAGUUGUCAACUUUUUCUUUCAACGUGACAAAGCCAAUUGGAAGAAACAUCCCACACCGAGUGGACCAGAUGGCAAGCUAUCCUCAGAUCAAAACAGGUUGGUGUCCUAUCGUAUAGUACUGGAAUGGGCCCUACAGGGCGAAACUUUGGGCAGAGGGCAUCGGAAACCACUGCCAUUGUGUGUGGUCGGGGCUAUACGACAAAGAUAUCCUUCUGAGUCCGGUGUCUAUGUUGGAUUUCAAGAAGGACAUGAGGCAAUGGAUUUGUAAACCUACUGUAACUGGACAUUGUGCUGGGCCCUGCGUUCAGAUCCAGAGUAUGUUUGCACGUUUCACAUACA